AUGGCCUCCAAGCAGCCCGCCAAGGAUUUCUUGUCCUUUGUCAAUGCCUCCCCCACUCCGUUUCAUGCCGUUCAGUCUGCCAAGGAUCUGUUGACCAAGGCCGGAUUCGAGGAGAUCAAGGAGAAAGAUUCUUGGGCGAACACCUGCAAGCCAGGUGGCAAGUACUUCUUGACUCGCAACACGACCACCCUGAUUGCUUUUGCCAUCGGAAAGCAAUGGCAGCCGGGCAACUCCAUCUCCAUGAUUGGUGCCCACACCGACUCUCCUGUUCUGCGGGUGAAGCCCGUGAGCAAGAAGAGCGGGGAGGGCUUCCUUCAAGUUGGUGUUGAGACAUACGGAGGAGGCAUUUGGCACACAUGGUUUGACCGCGACUUGGGUGUCGCUGGUCGCGUUAUGACUCGCGCCAACGAUGGGUCGAUCGUGCAGAAGCUGGUCAAGGUUGACCGUCCAAUUCUACGCAUUCCAACCCUGGCCAUCCACCUGGAUCGGACGACUGACUUCUCCUUCAACAAGGAGACGCAGCUGUUCCCUAUUGCGGGUCUGAUUGCCGCUGAACUCAACCGCACUGGUGCUGACGGGGCGAACGCUCAGGAGGCCGAGAAGGUCGAUGACUUUUCGCCUCUCAAGGCCGUGACUGAACGUCAUCACUCGCACUUUGUCGAGCUGGUGGCCGCCGAGGCUGGGGUUAAGCCCGAGGACAUUCUGGACUUCGAGUUGAUUCUCUUUGACACCCAGAAGUCUUGUCUGGGUGGCAUGCUCGAGGAGUUCAUCUUUUCUCCCCGACUGGACAACCUCAACAGCUCUUACUGUGCUACAGUCAGUCUCAUUGACUCCGUCGCCGAACAGUCUUCCUUGGACAACGAGCCUGCCAUUCGCCUGAUUGCCCUGUUUGACCACGAGGAAAUCGGCAGCCGCACCGCCCAGGGCGCAGACUCUAAUGCUCUGCCUGCUAUUAUUCGCCGCCUUUCGGUUCUUCCAUCAUCUUCUUCGUCGAACACCGAUCUGUCGACGGCCUACGAACAGACUUUGUCUACCUCUUUCUUGGUCUCUGCUGACAUGGCUCAUUCGAUCAACCCCAACUAUGCCGGCAAGUACGAGCAGGAUCACAAGCCCGAAAUGAACAAAGGCCCUGUGAUCAAAAUCAACGCCAAUGCUCGGUACGCGACCAACUCCCCGGGUAUUGUUUUGCUCCAGGAGGUCGCUCGGAAAGCGGCGGCGGAGAAGGGUGAGCCCAUUCCCCUGCAGCUGUUCGUCGUCCGUAAUGACUCCAGCUGCGGUAGCACCAUCGGGCCUAUGCUCUCUGCUGCCCUGGGUGCUCGCACACUGGACCUGGGUAACCCUCAAUUGAGCAUGCACAGUAUCCGUGAGACCGGCGGUACGUACGAUGUGGCGUACUCUAUUCGCCUGUUCACCGGUUUCUUCCAGCACUACUCAGAGUUGUCCAAGACUAUUUUCGUGGAUUAG